AUGUCGGUUACACAAGCAUACCCGUCUGGCCAAGCCACUUCUUUAGCUGUUUACAAUUUGCCCAGCUCGGCAGAUGAGACAGAAGUUCAGUCAAUAUUCCCUUUGGCCAGGUCAGUCAACUUCGUACGAAGUCAUUCCGUAUCUUCGCAAUCUAAAGGCAUGUGCAUCUUGCAAUUCAACAAUGCUCGUGACUGUCAACAAGCCUACGACGAAUGUCUUCAAGGAAAAGAAAUUGGUGGACAGCUGUUGCAUGCAGAACUGAACGGAGAUUGUCGUUCCGGUUCGUCAGAAAAUUUAAACGUCAGUCAGAAUUACGGAGCCAAUUCCAGGGAUUUCAGGCGCUCACACGCUGAUAAUGAAUACGGACAGCCUACAUAUGAUGCGCAUAGUAGAACCGACGGUGACGGUUCUUCGAAUUCUUCUUGUACACUUACCGUGUCAAAUCUCCCUUAUACAGCAUCUGAAAGAGAUAUUAUGCGUGAGUUUCCAGAAGCCCUUCGAGUGGCGCUUUCGUUAGACGAACAGGGACGUUCCAGGGGUGUUGCCCACGUUACUUUUUCAAACUCCGACCAGUGCAGUGCCGCUCUUACCUCCUGUGGGAAUAAGAUGAUGGGUGGCAGGCCUGUGCGUGGACGAAUCCAGAGAGACCAGGAGCAUAACCAACAACCGGGUUAUAAUAAUCAACGCCCCUAUCAUCGUGAACAAAGAGAUUACGGUCAACGUGGUCAACGUGAUUACGGCCAGCGUAAUUUCAACAAUCGAGAUCAUACUAACCAGCGUGAAAAUGGUAACCAGAGAGAUGGCAAUCAACGAGAGUACAACCAGCGUGACUAUAGUGGUCAACGUGAUUACUCGAACAGACAAGGCCGACAGUUUGACUACAACUCAGGAAGGGGCGAAAGAGAUGUAAACCGUUUCCAAGGUGCUCCAGCUAAUCGAGGCGGACCACGCGAAUUUGGUAGAAACGAUCGGUUCGACCGGACAGACCAAAGAAGAGAUCGCAGUCCGGCCAGAGGCGAACCAGUCCGUGGGUAUGGAAGCUCAAAAGGACCUCGAAUAACGUCAGCCGUAAUUCACCGUCCAGGAAAUGCCAGCCCUUCGGAGUCGUCCUCUUCGGACGAGGACUAA